AUGGGUGGCCGGCCGACAUUGGAGGGGGGGAGAAAGGGCGGCGCGAUUGGAUCCUUCGAUGGCCAGCGCGCCCUGGCUUCCCGCCCGCGCGCCCGCGCGAGCGCCGAGCCACCGCAUCCUAUCGUCCUGCGCUUGGGCCCCACUCACCAAUCUGCCCCACGCCCCACCUCCUGUUUAUCUUCUCCGAAACCGCCCUCCACGCAUGACUCCCCCACGACGGUUCCAUUUGCCCCAGCACCCCAUUUCCCUCUCCCUCUCCCUCACACGCGCCCACACCUCCGCUGCCACCGCCGUUCACGCCGUGCUGCAUCUGCAGCCGCGCCAUCGCCCAUCACCUGGUGCCCCGCCGCUCUGAGCUCGCAUCGUCGUCCGCCGAGGAGCCUGCGUGGAGCCGUUGCCGAGAUCGCGAUUUGUUUCCGCGCUCCGAGGAAUCGACGAUCAAGCGUCGGCGACCAAAUGAUCAAGCUCUCUGAGUUUUAUGAGGUUGAAGAUCCUGAGCAUCUGUUUGGUGAAGGUUGCCUUUGGUGCAAUCUAUACUCAAGUAAAGAAGAAGGCGUCGAGGCGGAUCUCCAGGAGUUCCAGGACUUCGACGAGUUCGAGGAUUAGGCUAGCGACCACCCCCAGUCAGCUGUCUGUGGUGGGUUUAUUUACGUUGGCUACGUUUCUAUUCUGUGUACUUUGAUUAUAUUAUGUAAAUGACUCUAGUCUUUAUAUUAUUACUUACUCUUUAUUGUUAUUCGAAGCAUUGUGCUAUGAUGAGUCAUUUAUGUAAUCGCCGUGUACGUGAAUUUCUGAUCCUGGCACGUACAUGGUUUGCAUUCGGUUUGCCUUCUGAAACCGGGUGUGACAUAAGUGGUAUCAAAGCCUUGCUGACUGUAGGACCGCUAUCCUAGAGUAGCAUUGGCCGUUUUAAGGACU